CUCCAACUUUGCACACACACACACACAUUAGACUUUCGCAUCAACAUAUACAGACUCAGUCCGUACAGAGUCAACAUCACUCCCAAGGCCUCGUCUCAGCUUCAAUCACCACAAUGGGUUCCGCCAGCGUUCUGUCCGAGAAGGACGCCAACACCACCCUCAAGAACCUCGCAGGGACCGGAGCCUCCAAGGCCGACAUCAAGAGCAUGGAAUACCACCGCCAGGUGCUGAAGUCCAAGAUGGAGGAAGAGAAGUACGGACACACUGCCACUGCUACUACUACUACCACCAUCACCACCAACAACAACAAUAGCAUUACUACCAUUAUUAUAUCCCCUUCUGCCGUUGGCGCAUCUUCCUCCACCUCCUCUGGCCUUGGUACCACGACCGCCGUGAAUCCCAUGCAGGCAUCCUCCAUCACCACCUCCUCCUCCCAGAAGAUUAUACAUAUCCACAGGACACUUGCCGGACUCGCAGCUAACCCCAAUGCCUCUGGCACCCGUAGCUCUGCACAGCAGUACAUCUCUCCCUCGGACAACAUCAUGAGCCCCUGCACAGCCAAGCUCAACGCCCUCAAGGGCCGCCACGCCGGAAAGGCAAAGCCGAAAUCGCUAUUCGCUCAGGCAUCCGCCAAGAAAUUUGUCGGCGAGAACGUGUUCGGCGCCAGGAGUGCGGAGCAGACCUCGUCGGCAAAUGGCGCCGCCAGCAAUAGCAACAAUCUACAGCCAGGUCUAUAACAGACCUCGUGAUAGCACGUCCGAAGCGGUAUAUCUAUUUAGGUAUCCCGAUCGGAUCUGACCGUUGUACUACCAACAAACCUUGUUUCUUCUGU